AUGGGCUCUCCCCCGCGCCCCUCCUACGUCAUCGCUAUCUCUGCCUACAUAUCGUGGACGGUCUGGUUCCUGUUCGGCCACAUCAGGGACUUCAUCAGGGACGUGUUUUGGGCCUCGAAGGCCAGAAAGGACUAUGCCCCAAUACGACAAUCGUACGAGGACUUCUACACGCGGCGGGUGUUCUAUCGCCUGCAUGACUGCUUCAACCGUCCAAUUGCUAGCGCACCAUCAGCAUGGGUGGAUGUGCUGCAUCGCACGCCAGUCAAUGAGGACAAGCCGCUCGAGCUGACGGGUGACCAGUCCAAAGUGCUGAACUUGAGUUCCUACAACUACCUGGGUUUUGCUGCCUCUGAUGAAUACUGCACCCCUCGCGUCCUUGACACACUGGACAGGCUGGGCUGGGGGGCAUGCUGUUCCAGAAGUGAAGCAGGAACUACGGACAAACAUGUGGAGUUGGAGGAGACAGUGGCCGAGUUCCUUGGAGUGGAAGCAGCCAUCACAUUUCCAAUGGGCUUUGCAACGAACGCCUUCAACAUUCCUGUGAUCGUGGGGAAGGGCUGCCUGAUCAUUAGUGACAGUUUGAACCAUGCAUCCAUCGUCAACGGCUCUCGGGGAUCAGGAGCAAAGAUCAAGGUUUUCAAACAUGACAACAUGACCCACCUUGAGCAGAUUCUCCGGACCAGCAUUGCUGAGGGUCAGCCACGAACGAGAAGGCCAUGGAAAAAGAUUCUCAUCAUCGUCGAGGGAAUAUAUAGCAUGGAGGGAGAGAUCUGCAGCAACCUGAAGACCAUCGUCGCCCUAAAGAAGAAGUACAAGGCCUAUCUGUUCCUAGACGAGGCCCACAGCAUCGGCGCGAUAGGGGAGACCGGGCGGGGCGCCACAGAGCAUGCUGGCGUGAAUCCAAGGGACGUGGAUGUCAUGAUGGGGACCUUCACCAAGUCGUUUGGCUCCUGUGGGGGCUAUAUUGGGGGGAGCAAGCAGCUUAUCAAGUGCAUCAGAAACCAUUGCCCAGCACACUUGCAUGCGACCAGCAUGUCUCCGCCGGCAGCUGAGCAGGUCAUCAGCGCCUUGAGGCUAAUCAUGAACAAGGCAGGGAAUGGACGUGGGCCACAAAAGAUUCGGACUUUGCGGGACAACUCGAACUACGUCAGGAAAAGGCUCAUUGACCUGGGCCUGGAGGUUCUUGGGGAUUUUGACUCGCCUGUUAUGCCCGUCAUGAUAUACAAUCCGGGGAAGUUGGCGCUCUUCUCAAGGCUUUGUUUCAGAGACGGGGUGGCUGUCGUGAUGGUGGGGUUCCCUGCGACCACGCUCGUCAAUUCGCGUACUCGUUUAUGCAUAUCAGCGGCGCAUACAAAGGAAGACCUCGACUACGCUCUCGAGGUCAUUGAAGACGUUGCAGAUCAACUCGUCAUGCGUUACCGUCCCAAGGAUCACAAGAAGGAGCGGAAAGUCCGGAGCGCAGCCAGCCACAUGAUGAAGGCAAAAGCUGGGGGUUGA